GUGUCCCCAGGUGUCCCCAUGUCCCCUGUCCCCGCUGCAGAGUACGUGCUGCAGCACUGGCAGGAGGACGCGUUUUUCGGGGAGCAGUUCCUGAGCGGGGUGAACCCCGUCCUGCUGCGCCGCUGCCCCCGCCUGCCCCCCAACUUCCCCGUCAGCGCCCCCAUGGUGGCCCCCAGCCUGGGCCCCCACACCUGCCUGGAGACAGAGAUGGAGGCCGGCCGGCUGUUCCUGGUGGAUUUCGCGCUGCUCGAGGGGCUCCCCACGGGGACCAUCGGGGGACACCCCCAGUUCCUGGCCGCCCCCCUCUGCCUGCUCUGGCUCAACCCCCAGGGGCGGCUCCUGCCCGUGGCCAUCCAGGUACGGCCCCAG